AUGAAGCCACUAAACGUGAUUUAUGUUUUAGGAUCGGUGGAACUUGAGACGAUUAUUGAGUCAAAGAAAAAUCUAUGCUGGAAGAGCUCUCUGGAGGUAAUCUAGUCCAGCCUCCUGCUCAAAGCAGAGAACACCAGAGUUAGAUCAGGAAACACUCCUUUACAUCUUGCUGUGAUGUUGGGACAUAAAGAAUGUGCCCACUUGCUUUUAGCCCAUAAUGCUCCAGUAAAGGUGAAAAAUGCUCAGGGAUGGAGCCCUCUUGCAGAAGCCAUCAGCUAUGGAGACAGACAAAUGAUUACAGCACUCCUGAGGAAGCUUAAACAGCAAUCCAGGGAAAGUGUUGAAGAAAAGCGACCUCGAUUAUUAAAAGCCCUGAAAGAGCUAGGUGACUUCUAUCUAGAGCUUCACUGGGAUUUUCAAAGUUGGGUGCCUUUACUUUCCCGAAUUCUGCCUUCUGAUGCAUGUAAAAUACACAAACAAGGUAUAAAUAUCAGGCUGGACACAACUCUCAUAGACUUUACUGACAUGAAGUGCCAACGAGGGGAUUUAAGCUUCAUUUUUAAUGGUGAUGCAGCACCCUCUGAAUCUUUUGUAGUUUUAGACAACGAACAAAAAGUUUACCAGCGAAUACAUCAUGAGGAAUCUGAGAUGGAAACAGAAGAAGAAGUUGACAUUUUGAUGAGCAGUGAUAUUUACUCAGCAACAUUAUCAACCAAAUCAAUUACCUUCACACGUGCCCAAACGGGAUGGCUUUUUCGAGAAGACAAAACAGAAAGAGUAGGAAACUUUUUGGCAGAUUUCUACCUGGUUAAUGGACUUGUAUUAGAAUCAAGGAAAAGAAGAGAACAUCUCAGUGAGGAGGAUAUUCUUCGAAAUAAAGCUAUCAUGGAAAGCCUGAGUAAAGGUGGCAACUUAAUGGAACAGAAUUUUGAGCCUGUCAGACGGCAGUCGCUUACUCCACCAUCACCCAAUACAAUUACAUGGGAAGAGUACAUAUCUGCUGAAAAUGGAAAAGCUCCUCAUCUGGGUAGAGAGCUGGUCUGCAAAGAAAGCAAGAAAACCUUUAAAGCCACGAUAGCUAUGAGCCAGGAAUUUCCCUUAGGAAUUGAAUCAUUGCUGAAUGUUUUAGAAGUAAUUGCACCCUUCAAGCACUUUAACAAACUUAGAGAAUUUGUUCAAAUGAAGCUUCCACCAGGCUUUCCUGUAAAAUUAGAUAUUCCUGUAUUUCCCACCAUCACAGCCACUGUGACUUUUCAGGAGUUCCGUUACGAUGAAUUUGAUGAAUCCAUCUUCACUAUUCCUGAUGACUACAAGGAGGACCCCAGCCGUUUUCCUGAUCUCUAACUAAACUGGAAGGUUAAUCAUGAAUAACAAUACCAGCGUAGCACAGUGAAAGCAAAUGGAUGCAAAUAGCCCACAGAUAUAGAUAGAACAGUGGGUCAUAAAGGAAGGGAUAAACUUAAUAAUCCAGAGGAAAAGGGAACAUGCAUCGAAUGACUGAUGUACUGAUACUCGCUAUAAUGGGCAUCUAAUCUCGUUCCUGACUUACAGCAAGUCUCCUGAUGUGUCGUUCACACUUUUAUACAUCCAGUACUGCGAGUGUGGUAGUCUGACACCGCGAUGACCCUGAGAGUACUAACAGCUGUGAGGACUAUCAUUCGUUUUUAAAUUUUUUACAUUUCUUGGUGAUAAAAAAAGCACUCUUGGACCAUUAGCAUAAAAGUUGAAAUGUCUUAGCUGGAUAUUAGCCCUAUAAAACAUCCCACUGUACUUAAGAUGACCGUAUUAUAUUCUUUCAAGCUUUGUUUUCAUGAGUUGUAAACUAUGUAUCAUUAUGUAUAGUUCAGUAAUUUGAAUGUUAGUUGAACGUAUAUUAGAAUGCGUUUUCUGUAGAUGAAUGAACCAAAUGGUAACCGUUAAACAAUUGC